AGUGUGGCUCCUCCAGAGUCUGGAUUUUGGCUGCCUUGUCGAUUAGGUCCCUCCCUGUCAUGUCUUGACAGGUUUGCUUGACACUGUACUCAUCUUUGGAAAGAUGGUCUGCAGUAUCUUUUAAAGCUGCAAACUUUGCUCUUGUCUGUCACAAAGUUCCAAGAAAACGCUUUGAGGUGUAGAGCUGCAACAUGACAAAAACAUUUCAAUCCAAGGAAUUUGAAUACUUCAAAGGCUUCCUAGACACUGUAAUAUUAGACCAUGUCAUCCCUUUUGUUUGGCUUUUAAUCAUCCUCCCUUUGGAGGCUUAUCGCGUGACGGAGAGGGCGGACAGUUUGUGCGGUCCACUCAGACCGUCUCACCGGAGGAGGGUAAGGGUGCUGGCUAAAAGCGUGCCGAGUUAUUGGAUACGUGUUGUUGCUAGGGGCGUGGGUUGCGUCGUGCAACCGAUUCCUCCCCAAACCUCAAAGAAAGAAAGCGAGAGAAUGGAAGGAUGAACCCGGGAAGACAAGGGUGGCAACAUCAGCUGGUCCAGAGAUGCGCGGACAGCUGCCUGAUCCGACCUGUGCCGCAGUGAGCAUAAUCUCAUAAGCGCUUCUGUCCAUCCGUUACUCUGCUGCAGGACGGCUCUGAAGGGAGAAAAAAAAGAAGAAGAAGAAAAAAAAAAGAAAGUGCGUGCGGACUGUUUUAUUGAGAAUUAUGCUCAGCUCUCACUUGUCGGAGCAGAAUCGCGUCAGCCGCUGAUUCCACUGAGUCAGAGUGCGGGAUGGGGAGAGAGAGGACAGACCGCUGCGCACUUUCUCUGUCCCGUGAUGUGUUUUCGGAGCGGCUGGUGCGUGGCACAGUUUCAACAUCCUGGUCUAUAGGCCGGGGAGGAUUUGCUUGAGGAACGUAUUUUUUUUGCAGCGGGAAUCUGAUGCAAGGUGGAUGAAGGGGAUUCGGUGAGCUCUGGCCGGCGAUGACAUCAGGCUGAAGUGUUGCAGUGAGGCGGUUUGGGAGGCGUGAGGUGGCGUGGAGCAAUGCGUGCAUCCUCCGAGCUGGACGCCUUCAGGGGAACGAGCUACGUCCUGAGCAAAUUCAAGACAUUAGGCCACUCAUCCUGAGCUGAGCUGGCCAACUGCGUCACUGCAAGUGCAGGUAGGCUGCAAACUCCCCUACGUAGUCGGGAGAGGAGCAUGCUCCCCAGCCCUUCCUGCACCAUGUCGCCGGUUAGUGUCUUGACAAUCUAAGGGGGGAUGAAUUCAGCUGACAUUUCCAGCAAAGAUCCGCCCCUAGGAUCCACGUUUUCCUCAGCUCCUAACCUGGACUCGGACAUUAACGCAAACGCGUGCAGGCAUGUGUAUGAGAAUGGGAUGGACCACAAUGUCAACAUCCAGAACGAAGCGCUCCGCGGGGCCAGCGACCCCAGCUCCUACCCCUCCACGGAGUACCAGGGGCUGGGCCGCCGCAGGUUCAUCCGCCGGAGUCUGUGGGUGUCGGACCACGACGAGCAGCCGCUGGAUACGUCGGAUCUCGUCACCAGCAGCCCGGUGCCCAACAUCGACCUACGGACUAUUGUGGAUCGGAGUCGGACCCGGGCUCUGCUUCCAGAGACCUCCAGCACGGAGAGCCAGGUGGGACUGAAGGACAGCGCCACGGAAAGCGUGAGCGCCGAUGAGGAGCGUGGGGACAGGUUGGAGACGGGGCCCAAGGAGGACCCGGGUCCAUCAGAUGUUACAGGUAAAGCAGGCAGCGACGAGAACGAAGAGGAGCCCGGGAUGAAGGCUGUGUCCACCUCCCCCGGUGGACGCUUUCUGAAGUUUGACAUUGAGUUGGGGAGAGGGUCUUUCAAGACCGUCUACAAAGGUCUGGACACGGACACCUGGGUGGAGGUGGCCUGGUGUGAACUGCAGGAAAGAAAACUAUCCAAAGCGGAGAGGCAGAGGUUCAAAGAGGAGGCAGAGAUGCUGAAGGCCCUGCAGCACCCCAACAUCGUGCGAUUUUAUGACUUCUGGGAGUCACCAGUAAAAGGGAAGAAGUGCAUCGUCCUUGUGACAGAGCUAAUGACAUCGGGCACGCUGAAAACGUAUUUAAGGCGCUUCAAGGUUAUGAAGCCCAAAGUCCUGAGAAGGUGGUGUCGGCAGAUUCUCAAAGGUCUCCAUUUCCUCCACACAAGGACGCCUCCCAUCAUCCACAGAGACCUCAAGUGUGACAACAUUUUCAUCACUGGUCCAACUGGCUCUGUCAAAAUAGGAGACCUUGGAUUAGCAACCCUAAAGAGGGCUUCUUUUGCCAAAAGUGUUAUUGGUACUCCAGAGUUUAUGGCCCCAGAGAUGUAUGAGGAGCACUAUGACGAGGCUGUGGAUGUCUAUGCUUUUGGGAUGUGCAUGCUGGAGAUGGCCACCUCAGAGUAUCCUUACUCUGAGUGUCAGAACGCUGCUCAGAUCUACCGCAAAGUCACAAGUGGAGUGAAGCCUGCCAGCUACGGCAAAGUCAGUGACCCAGAAAUUAAGGAAAUUAUUGGGGAGUGUAUCUGCCACAGAUGGGAGGAGCGGUACUCCAUCAAGGACCUCCUGAACCAUGCGUAUUUUGCCGAAGACACAGGAGUCAGGGUUGAGCUAAACGAGGAGGACGAUGGAAAAAAAUCAUCCAUUGCUUUAAAGCUGUGGGUUGAAGAUCCUAAAAAGCUAAAGGGAAAAUAUAAGGACACUGGUGCUAUUGAGUUUACCUUCGACUUGGAGAAAGAAGUUCCAGAAGUAGUUGCACAAGAAAUGGUGGAGUCAGGAUUUUUCUUGGAAUGUGACGUAAAGAUAGUUGGUAAAUCCAUCAGAGACCGCGUGGCUCUAAUAAAAUGGAGGAGGGCAAGGACUGGCUCACCAAAUGGAAACAGUGAAGUGAAGAAGACGCAGCAGAACCUUCUGCAGGUCCCUGGUACUGGUCCACCCGAGGAAACCAUAUUCACCACUGCAGAUUGUGAGGACCAAGAAACUCUGAUCUGCACUGUUCCUGUAAUCACACCUGCCACAUCUGAUAGCGGAGCGAACGCCAACGUGCAAUUAGACGAUCUGAGCAAUCGGCAGAACGGUCCCUACCAGUCACUUCCAGAACCCGUUUCCACUGCACAGAUGCUCUACAGUCCUCCUUCACACGCUGACUCCCAGCUGCACCAAGGAUGCUACCAGCAAUCUGCAGGACAGGCCUCACAUGAAAACAACAAACAGCCAACCACGCAGCCACACCAGGGAGCCUACCAGCCUCCCGCAGCAGAUCAGCUGCAUCCUGGGACCUUCCAGCAGCCUGCGGCACAACUGCACCAGGGGCCUUUUCAGUGUCAAACACGCCACUACAGUGAUCCUUUUGUAUGUCACAAGACUCCGCUCGCCGCUGAAAGCGCAGCGUGUCUUAGGCGUGGCAGUGCCCCCACAGUAGAGAUGUUACAGUGCAGGAUGCACUCCCUCUCUCAGACAAAGAACCAAAGUCUGUUGCAAGCUCUCUCCUCGUCUGACAGUUCACAGAGUUCACUGCAGUCUGCAGACUACCUAUCCUCAAACGAUGCCCACAAUCCCUCUUUAUUGUCGUCUCCUUUCUUGCCUCCGCAUCAGCUUUCUCUCCGUGACUCAGCAGGUUAUUCAAAUUCACCUCACCCUCCCCUGAUUUUACAACCUCCCUCGGCACACCGUCUUAGCAUGCCACGCAGCCCACAGCGCCACCACCGCCGACAUCAGUGCAAAGCUUGCAUGUCUCUCCUCUUUAAGGACAAGCUGGAAGGAGGCGGGUGGCGCAGACGCACUUCUAGCACAUCCAACUUAGACGCAUCUACCUCUGUUCCUUUGCUAAAGUCUUCACAGGCCACUUCACCUCAUGUUUUGGGCUCACCUGCUGAACCGUCACCAAACAGCAAGCCAAGCAAGGCCGCCUCACCUUCACACCUUUCCACAUCCUCAUCAGUCGUGUUUCCACUUGGUUUAUACGAAGGUGGAGAACUCCGCCUUCUCAACUACUGUCUCCAUCACAUUGUCAGUCGCAGAACCAGCUCUCCCACCCUCCCUGAAAGAGGAGGUGUAAAUCACCCACUGCAGAGCCACAUCUUGGACUCCGACUACUCUGUAACUGAACAUAAAGGGAAAAGUCAGAGCCUGGAAGCCCCUCUUUCCCGAAUCCCAAACUUUGAUGAGAACUUGGUGCUGUCAUCACUUUGCAGCAAAGGCAGAGCAGAUCACAUGACGGUUUCUGCUCCAGCUACUCCAGUGCCCCCUGUGCAGCAGAGCAGACAGACGUCCCAGAGUUUCCCAGCCGCAGCCCCGACUCUGCAAACGCAUCUUACUGUCCAGUCCACCCAGGCGCAGUGUCAUCUCCAACCAGCUGCCGUCCCGUCUCAGUUGUUUUCUGCUGACCAGCCGUCGUCACAUCUGAGUCCUCCUGAUUCCGCUGGCAGGUUUCCGCUCUGCAGCGCUCCUCCCCCUCUGCUGCCCCUGCCCAUCAGCACACAGUUUCCCUCCCCAUAUCCUGUCGUUCACAUGCCCGCUCCCUUUUCCCCGGCUUCCCUGCCGUCCACCUUCAGCAGCAGCGACGCUGCUAUGUCUACCUCUUACUACUCACCUUCACCUCUCCUCCCCUCCCUCCCGCUCAGCCCCCACACAGCUCUGACAUCUAUUUCUUCUCUUGGGACUCCUCAGACUCCCAUGUCCACGCCUCAAAAUGUCCCCAGUUUGCCUCUCUCUUUCCCUCACCUGGGAAUAGUCAAAUCCCCUGUGGUGCCCCAGCAGCAGGUUGGCCCACACACAUCUCAGCAGCACACCAGUAGCCUCCAUUCCACCCAUCCCUUACCUUUCUCCCAGGUACAACCCACCCCAUUCCCUGUCCCCCACCCUGAGCAGGAACUGGCUGACCAGCCUGUCCAGGUGGCUGCUCCCCAUGGGACUCUGAUAGAUGUUCAGCAUUUGGAAACAGCUCACCCUGUCUUACCCACUGGACACACUCCGAUAUGGGGAAGCAGAAUGGACACAGACUCUCCUGCAGCUGCAGCGUCUCCAGUCCCCGCUCCAGCCUCAGUUUCCGUCUCGACUACGAUUCAGUUUGAAGCCAAAGCCCCGGUGCAAACUCCUCCUCCAGCUCCAGGGUCAGCUCAGGCUGCAGCAGCACCUCAGACUCCAACGCAAGCUCAAAAACCACUGCAGCCUGUGACCUCAGCCCAACUUCAGGCACCAAUAUCUGCAUCGACUUUUACUGUCGAGCUCACAAUGGUCUCCUCUGUGAGCUCAGCUGCAACGCAGACCUCCACCCCGGGUUUGAUCUCAGACUCAGCUCCUGUCAGUCUGUCAGCGCCGAGUCAGGCUGCGGCUCCUGCUGGAGUUUCAGUUCUGCAGCCCGCUGGCGUCCACACAACAGUCCCAGUGUCCGAGUCCGCCGGCCUGGCUCAGCACAGCGUGGAGGCAACAUCCGUCCCUGGGAGCUUCCAGCAGGAGGCCUGCACAGAGGAUGUCCUUCGUGACAGAGCAAUAUCACUGUCCAGUUACACCUACGACAGUGUUAACUCUGACGUAGCCUCGGGUCGGGAAACAAGCGACGGCUAUGAAAGCUUAGCAUGUGGGAGCAAAGGUGACUCAAAACCCAGGAAACAUCAUCGCAAGUCGGCUCGCACACGUUCCAGGCAAGAGAGGACCAGCAAACCCAAACUGAGCAUGCUCAAUGUUUGCAACACCGGUGACAAAAUGGUUGAAUGUCAGCUGGAGACUCACAACCACAAAAUGGUAACAUUUAAGUUUGACCUGGACGGAGACGCUCCGGAGGAAAUUGCCACCUACAUGGUGGAGAACGGCUUUAUUCUGCUGCUAGAGAAGGAGAUCUUCAUUGACCAGCUGAAAGACAUUGUGGACAAAGCAGAAGACAUGCUGCAUGAAGACAUGGGGGAUGAAAAAGACACAGCUUUGAGUGGCAGUCCUCUGCAGGGCCAGAUGUCUGAGGCAGGAGAGAGUCAGCAGUCAGGGGCACCGCAGCCUGUAUAUCAGCAGAACGUUCUUCACACCGGAAAGAGAUGGUUCAUCAUCUGCCCGGUGGAGGAGACGCCGCCCUGCGCUCAGGACACUCCGUCUGAGGGGACAGCGACGCAGUCACCCGGGAGCUCAGCCAACACCCAGCCUGCUGACAGCGCCACUGCAAAGCCGUCCACAUCCAGAGAAGAGGGGUCGUCCUCUACAAUGUCUGGCGGAAGUGGAGGGUUCGCUCAUGAAAUUUAUGGUUUCUACAGUCCUCCAAUAACAUCCAACACUGACCCCCUCCUCCUGGCCACCCUGUCGCCCCCCGUGUCUGCACCCCCCACCCUCCAGUCAGUUUCUGCAAUGGAGCCUGCAGGCAGUUCUCUGCAGCCCAGCUUGCAUGGAGCCAAGGCUCAAACGUUUCCCCCGUCGUUGCCCCAUGCCUCUUACCCAGUGGAGGACUCACAGGGGUCUCCUCUUGGAUCGCUCUCCCCUAUCCAUGGAGCUCAGAAGGCCCUCGAUUUGACCCACACAGCAUCUAUUGUUGAUGAGGUGCCCUGCUGUCCUCUUGUCAUACCCCUGUCCUUAGAUGUGAACGCUCCCCAGGGCAGGUCACCUCUGACCCCUCUCCCCCUCCAGGAGCUGGGUGCCACCAAAGAGCCGGCAUCUGUCUCUUACGCUCCUGCGGCGCGCAGCGAGUUGCCACAGCAGCCAGUCGUCCUCCACCAGCCUUUCUCCAACGUGGGAGGCUCCAAAGUGUCCUCGCUGCCCCAGAGCCCGGCACCGUCCCAGCACGGCGCGGGGCCAAGCGAGUCUGACGGCGAGGGACGGGUCGGCCGGGGAGGCUUCGUCGACAGCACCAUUAAAACUCUGGAUGAAAAACUGAGAAACCUGCUCUACCAGGAAUACGCUCCCAUGUAUCCAUCAGGCAGCGCGGCAGAGACACCGGGGUCUGGGACAGAGUACAUCCAGUUUCCUCCGGGCCCGGACAGCGCCACCGGAGGAUCGGGGAACAGCACCCCGGGACCGAUUGGGGAGGGACGCUACCGGGCAGGAGAACAACUCCCUCAAAUUCCUGAGAGAAUGGACAGCCUGAGCACUCUGAGCGACUCCGCUGUUUGUGCUUCUUUGUCAAGAAGACACGUUCCUCACUCCGUGUCCUGCUCUGGAACUAGAGGUCGAUUUAAGAUCAUGUCUGUUCCUCCUGAAGUGGCCAACAGAAGAGAUGUGAAGCAGAGGAGCUGGAGCAGCGCUGCCUCCCCUGCGCACCCCGGUGGAUACAACGGGGACCCGGUUCCCCCUGAAGCCUUGGCCACCUCCACCACCAUCGGACGUUUCUCUGUGGUGAGCACAGAAGACGACAUCACUCAGAGGACGCGCUGCAGCCGCUACUCUGCCCCGCCCGAUUUCUACCUGGACACUCCACCUCCCAUGGACUCAGGGGCAGAGAGCAGCCCUGCGAAGCUGGCUCCUGCCACUCCGUCCCAGUACGCGCGCUCCGAGCGCAGAGGAAGUGACCUCAUGAAAAGAGCAGUGGCUUUUCUCCGUCGCACCGGCCGCAGCAGCAGCGUGCAGAGCUCCGAUUCCCCGUGCAGACACGGAGGCUUGCCUGGCUCGGCCUACGCCAGCAGCGACAACGACUCCGAGAUGGAGGACUCGGACAUAAAGAGGGAACUGCAGAGACUUAGAGAGAAACAUCUGAAGGAAAUCUCAGAGCUGCAAGCACAUCAACGCGGCGAGGUGGAGCUGCUCUACCGCAGACUUGGUAAGGUUCCUCCUGCUGGCCUCGGCCUCCUACAUGUUGCACCGCACACAAGCCGCAGGAAGAGGUCCAGCAAACACAGACUGAAGCCCGGGAAGCUUCUCAGCCCCCUAGUUCAGCAGUUUAGGCACGUCAAAACCAAAAGCAGCGACUCCACUAAACCAGGUGCUGCUCCAGCUCCCAGUGAGCCAGCGGUGAGUCUAAACGGUUCUCCAGGCAGAACUUCCUUCCCGACCCACGGCAGGCCUCGGUCGUGUACCAGCCACCUUCCCAGCUCGGCCUCAGAGCCGGUGCAGACUCAGCAGCCCUGCUCCCUGAAAGGCUCCAUGUCCUCCGAUAACAUCUAUGCUGGACUGCAGGGAGACGUCGCCGGCACACAAGCUCAACCUGAACAGGGCUGGUCUAAUUACCCUCAACCGUCUGAGAGAGUGACCUAUAAGUCCAGUAGCAAACCACGAGCUAGAUUUCUCAGUGGGCCUGUGUCUUUGUCUAUCUGGUCAACACUCAAAAGGCUCUGUCUCGGUAAAGAGCGAGGCAGCAGGUCUGGGGCUUCAGCAUCUGGAGCCUUCAAUCAGUCACAGCAGAUGCACAGUGCUACGCCUCCGCCCCAGCAGCCUGUUGUUGGCCUGGCCCAAGCUCAGGCCAACAACAGCAACAACAAGACAGGCACAUCUAUGAGCCCCAGUGAAAGCAACCUACCUGAAGACCUACAGGUUCUGAUGGACGACUGGGCCCAGGAGGUUCUAAUUGUGACCCACCGACCUCGUACCGACUCUCUGAGUAUCCGUGGGCAGCAGCUGUGCCCCCAGGUUGUGCCUCAAACACUUGAACAGCCGCCUCAGGCUUUAAACGCAUCACCGUGGACUCCGCCCGGUCCAGAGGCUUGCGCCUUAUCCUGGCCUGAAAGCCCUGGGCCUGCAGUGAUGGCCAGCCCCGCGACCGGACCCUUUCACACGUAUCAGCUACACUCUCCUGCUGCGUUCACGGCUUUACCCUCCCCUCUGUCCUUCAAUCAGUGGCCUGGGUUUUUCUUUCCAGUUUCUGCCGGGGUCUUUGCCUUUCCUGCUGUGCCCUCCACCCUCUCCAGCCCUACUUCAUCUUCAUCUCAUCAGCUGACCGACCCCAAGGCAAAGACUCUCUAAUCUGGGUAGCAUUGUGUCUUCCAACUCUGUUACCAAAACCUUAACUUAUAUUUCAGCCGCUGUAGUCAAUAUAAUGUGCAUAGAGUGUAUAUAUUUAACCAGCAUGUGUUUAAUAAUAUGUAUAUAUAUAUAUAUAUAUCCAUCUCCACUCUUGAGUUUUAUGUUGUUUUAUUUCAGUCAACAACUGUCAUGUUCAUAAUAUUAUAGUAAAUAUUAUUUUACAUGCAGUAUACUGUUAGGAGAACUAAAAUUAGCCAGAUCAGCCUUGAAGCGCAGACAUCUGCCGGUGUUUAUUGAUGCACAUUAAUUCUCACAGAAUGUACAUGAUGCUCUGUUCAUUCAUUUUGUACUUAGAAAUAGAAGUUGUGUUGCUCAUUUCACCCCCCAUAUGUUUAUACAUACAAGCUGCCAUGUGUAUAUAUGAAUUUUUCUUUGUCUGUACAAAGCCUAUGUGUUUGUACAAUUAACAGAGGAUAAUCCAUAGUUUGGUGCUGCAGCUGUGGGUUUCAAUGCAGCACCUUAAUAGGAACCAUUAUGCCAUCACUGUGAAGACUUGACCUUGUGGUCACUAGGACCUGUUGCUUUACUCUGCUUUCUCAGCUCGGUAUGUAGACACGUUUCAUUCUUCACCAGUGAAACACUUCCAGCACAAGCGCUUGCAAUAUCCUUAAGAGGUUUGAAUGAGCUUGAACUUUAUCCUCAGGUGCAAGCCACACCUGUGAGAGUGCCUUGAACUGCAGUUUCAGUUUUCAAAAGAAAAGCAUUUAGAUCUAAAGCAGAAACUAAACUUGAUUAAUCCAUUCGCUGCUGCGUAUCUGUUAAAAAGGUUGCAAAAGGAAGCAAUCUGAGCGAUAUCUCCAAAUAUUUCCGAAUCUCGCCUCCUUCGGCACUCCCAGCAGGACACCAAAGCAUUCGCCAAGCAUUGAAGGUAGAGCGUGGAGCCACAUAUCUUCCUUGCAGGCUUCUAGAGCAUCUGUACUCAAUCUACUCAAGCCACACUUACUCACUCCUUUCAGUAUAGAAGGGCAGCAAACAAAGAUCCUCGCCUGACUUCAUUUUCGCUCAUUUUGGUGGCUCGUAUGUGGGACCUCAUUCAGUUGGUCACUCCUCACGUCUUCUCCAAAUAAGGAAGCAACUCUUAGUCUCAAGAAAUAAUGUUCAAAUGACACUGUGGGAUCAAACCUCGGGGUCCUACGUUUUUAUUUUGGGUGUGUUAGACUUGUUUUUUUUAUUUUGCUUUUUGAGGAAUGAUCACAUCAUCAGCAAAAUUGUCAUGAAAUGAGGUUCAAUGGAAAUGCUCCUUUAUUUUUUUUUUUUAAAUACUACAUAUCUUUACAAUUAAGAUAUAAAGUAAAAAAAACAACAUAAAAAUGAACAUAUUAGUGUAGUCAGUAUGUAAGGAUAGGCUGGGGAUGAAGGUUAUGCUUAGUUUUGUAGAUUGAGAGCAAAGAAGAACCGGACUGGGAGAAGCAGGGUUAGAGAAUGUCAGCACCUAAAACCUACAUCUGCAGCUGGACACGUUUUUAAAAUUGAGUUCAUAAAGAUUCAGAACACAAGCAAGUCCUGCACCCAUUACCACUGUCCUGGUUUCUUCCGUAUAAAUCAGACCUCCACUACUAGAUACGGAGGUCUAAAGACUCUUAACAAAACCCUGAUGAAGAAGCACCGUCUACACGACAUUACUUAGGACACGUAAAGUAUCAAAACUAUGUGAGUAAAGGUAGGUGCUUGUUCAAGCAUUCCAGUGAGAGUGAAGAGCUUUUAUAGUGUUCGUCAUCCAGUACAAUGUGCCACCUUGGCCGUUCAAAAUGUUCACAUUAAUGCUUGGACAAACUUCAACCAAGACAGUGGGACAAAGGAGACAACUUGUUAAACUCCUCCACAGAUCUACCACUCCAGAGAUUUUCAUCUGCUUCCGCACAAAAAUCUGGUCUGUCCUGAAAAAGUCACAAGCCUGAGAUUAUUAACAGAAUGCAUUUUAGGCAAACUGAGGAGAUUAUCUCAGUCCAACAGCGAGAACAGCCUUUUUUAAAGUCAUCCAAAAGCAUCUCUGUUUGAUUUAGGUCCGGUUUUUGGUAGCUGGACUCCAUUUGGCCUGAGAGCUGAUGACGCAGGUAGGAAACAGGUAAAAUAAACCUUGAACACAAAAAUGUUUUUCUCAGCAAACAUGUUUUUUAUAUUUAUUUUGACAUGAAAUUCACACUACAUGUCAGUCAACCUGAGUAAAACCUACAUGCAGGUUUUACUGUCUCUACCAGUUUUUCCUCAGUACUCUUUUGCUUUGGGACAACAAUUUUUUGAAUCAGUCAGAAAUCUUCCUAGAGGCAAAUGGACGCUGAGGGUUUAUGGUGAAGUUAUUUUCUUUUCACUUCUGUAUUAUGGCUGCAAAUGCCAUCACUGUGUCAUUCAGGAAGUUUGAAAUGCAGCAAAAUUAUUAUUAUUUUUUGAUUACUUGUGUUGUUGCUGACAACUCCUGUCACUUUUCCAUGUAAAAGGAUUAUUAGAGAUGCAUUUACUGAGAAAAAUGUUGACAUGUUUGAUACAUAUUUUCCGUGGAGAUCACUUGAGUUUACAUUGGGUCUUUUUAAACUCCAAAUGUUUAACUAGACAAGUACAAACGCCCGUCAUUUGAUUAGAUGGUGGAAUGAUAAGAAGCAAGCCACUAGUUGUUGCCUUUCACACAAGGUGACCCCCAUCAAAUCAAAUUAAGGCUUACUGAAGUACUGAUGUCUUAUGUUAAUUUGAGUCCAGCUAUAUCUUGCUGAAAUCUCUGAACCUUUAACUUCACAUCUCCACAGUCUGCUUGAAUUUACUGAAAUGCUAAAUGCUGGUGACCCACUGAAGAAUGAUGGUAUCAAAACCACAUUACAAAGAGGACAAAAGGACUUAAAAGUAAAAAUCAUCAUCAUCAUCAUCAUCAUCAUAUACCUCUUCUCUUGCAAUCUGUAGCUUUACAUACUGUUGCCUUCCUGAACUUGGAGAGAUUAUUGCGUGGAUAUUUUAUGAUCUAUUAUUUGUCUUUAAAAUGCUGGCAGUAGAAAAACAGAAUAAAGAAUGUGAAGACUAAGAUUUCUUCAAAGUCACCCGUGCUUGAACGUGUAAGUUAUAAAAAUACUUAGGAGUAACGUUUAUUAGUUUCUUGUUAAUCUUCAGACCUUUGCUCACAAUUUCAGUCCUCUGGUUUAUGACCUCAAGAAUAUUUUCCCCUUUCUGCGGUUUUCACUGAAAUGUUUGGCAUAAACCGUUCAGUCUGCUCUUCGAUCAGUUUCCUUUUUGGUUUGGUGAGGAUAGAAACUAACUAAUGUUCCUUACAUUGAUUAAACACAGACCCCAGACACACUUUAGAUAGUUCAAUUGUAAUUUCAUCAGUGUUUAUGAUUUCCCCUAAUAUAAAUUACACAAUUCCUGGUGAGCAGCAUGACAGUAUUUCUUAGCUUUUGGUCUCCAAAGCAGAGAUUCCUGAAUGUUUAUUUUUUUAUUUGUUGGGGGUGGGUCUCCUAUGCAGUCUUUCUUUUGUGCUUUACACUGACCCUUGUGUCUUGAAUCUCUUUAAUGCUUGCAUUUAAAUCUAGGUGUAUUAUUGCUUUUGCCUGCUGUCACCACUUGUCCCAACUCCCUGCCAACCUUGUCAAAUUAGUACUCUAAAAAAAAAAAGCUGUACAUAUUUGAAAAAGUCAAUAAUAAAAUUUUCCUUGACAGCACAAUA